AUAUAUCACCUAGCUACCAUGAUAGACCAUAUUCGCGCAGGUGAGAAGACACCGUCACCAUCGCUAUCAGCAUCACCACCACCACCACCACCACCACCACCACCUGUACCACCGAGACGAAAAAGAAAAAAAAAAGUUAUAAACGCGGAAAUUACGGGGAAGGAAAUCGCAACUACUACGAGGAGGGUCGAUCGAAAGCGUCUACCCCCGCCACCACCGCCUUCUCAAUUACCAAGAAAAAACAAGGUCAACGAAAACGUUGAUAAGAGUCAGAUUAAAACGAGGAUCAUAAUUCACGAUGAACCGACAUCGAAGUUUCAAACCAGGAACGUAGAUGAUACGAGCAACGAUAUCUUGUUAAAGUCGGAUAAUUCGAAGGAUAAUAUUAUAAGGGAAGAGAUUUAUUUAUGUAGGAAGAAAACGUACGGAGAUGUUCCUAAGAUAGAAUUUAAAUUCGAUGAGAAUCGUAAGAAGGAGUUGCUGACGUUGCACGAGGAGGAGAAGGUUGUAUCGAAAAAAGUGUUUAAUAAGAAGGACGACGAAGUCCUUCGACCUAAUAAAAGUAGUAGUAAUAGUAGUAGUAGUAGUAGUAGUAGUAGUAGUAAUAGUGACUCGAAGAUUGAUGAGAGUACUGAGAAAGAGUUGUUGACGGUCUUGGAGCGUCCUAAAAAAAAAUUAUCGACGUUAGACGAUAGAAAAGAUGACGACGACGAGGAAAAAAAUGAAAAAAAGGAGGAGGAAGAAACGAUGAUCGUACGUUCUCCGAGAUACGAUCAGAUGGUGAGGAAAAAGGAAUACGACAAAUAUCCAUCAUUGUUCUUCACGCUCGAUGAUCUUCAAGAUGUUAUUAUAACGAACGAUUCGGUGCAAUCGGUGUCGUCGAUCGUGGACGAAAAAAUAUUGAAAAAGGAAUCGAGGAAGGUUGAAAAUGAGAUGGAAAGUUUCUUCGUAGGAGAACGAAACGGGAAAGAUUUGAAUGAUUUUACAAAGGAUCCUUCCUUCCUACGGGAUAAUCGUAUCGACGAGGACGAUGACGAUAACGACGAUAACGAGAUUUGUUUCCGCGUAACCCCGACGAAUUUUCCCUUCGAAAAAUGUUUGGACAGAUGGAAAACGUCCUUGGAAAAUGAAAAUGCGGAAUUUCACGGUGUCGAUCCUGGGAAUAAUUUUAUUUUCGACGAUUACAUAGAUAGGAGUAGCGCCUUGAACGUCAGACGAUCGAGAAGAUCAUCUUUAUGUUAUGAUAUACUUCAAAGCAACGAGAUCACCCUCGAACACACAGCUACCAAAGUGAGAUUCGUAAUAGAGUCAUCGAAUUCCUCGAUGCCACCCAAGGUCGAUGGUGGUCUUCGGAAUAUCGAUUCGAUCAGGAACGAGGAAGCUGACGCGAAGGAACAGAAGAGGGAGGAGGAGGAGGAGGAGGAGGAGGAGGAGGAGGAGGAGGAGGAGGAGGAGGAGGAGGAGGAACCGCAGCAGCAGCAGCAGCAGCAGCAGACUGUAGAAGAUAAUUUCGAAAGAAAUUUGCCAACUACCGACAACGCCGACAUAUUCGGUGAAAUACCAUUUGGAUCUUUGAUCCUGAAUAAUGUCGAUCGAAAAUCUAUUGAAAUUUCUCCGCAGAUCGGUAAUAGUACCGUUGAUAUUAAAGAAAAUUUCAAUGAUGAGAAGAAAACGAUUGAGGAAGAUAGAUUCAAUAAUAUUUCUUCCAGUGAUUUAUCCUUAAUACUCGAAGAUACUUUGACGAAGGAACAGGUGGUACCUGAACUUAAGAUCGAACGUAACUUGUCGGAGAGAUUAUCGAGGGAGGAAGAAGUUUCUAACAAGGACAACGACAGUAACAAAAACAACAACAAGUAUGAAGAGGACGAAGACGAUGACAACGUCAAUUACGGAAUUAAAGAGACUAAUAAAAAUAUUUUCUUCCUCGACGAAGAAUCCGCAGAUGAAUCUCAUUGUAAUUCUCAAAAACGAAUAGAUACGAACGAACGUAGAAAAAUCUUCGUAACCCAAUCGGUUCGUAAUUUUAUGAACGACAGCCCGAUAGAUUGGGAGGAUGAGGAAUCCGACGAAGUGUCCGAUAAUAACGAUGAAUUAUUAUUAUACAAAAAUCAAUACGAAAGGAAGAUCAACGACGAACCAUCGAAAGUCGUUACGGAUUCAACAAGAACUCAAAUUCUGAAUGAAUUAAAAAUGAAUACGAUUCCAAGCUUGUCUGAUCUUUCGAAAGAUCCCGUUAAAAAGAUCGAUGACGAUGAGACAAUAACAAUCGAUAAAAAAGAUAUACCCGGUAUAUCGUCGGUUGACGUAAGACGCAAUACAUUUUUAGAAACCAUGUUGUCGGAGAAUAAUAGGGAUGAAGAAGAUUGGAAUAAUACGAGCAGAUAUUGCGAGAUCGUAGGGAUCCAUCCAAAAAACGAUCGAUUGAUCGAAGUCGAUGAGACGAGUAAAAAAAAUAAUAGGGAUAAUGCAACGUGUAGGAGAAAGACAAAAGGAUGCCGUA